UGAGAGGGAGACGGGGAGAGCGACAGAAAAAAAAGAAAAAGAAAAGAAAGAAAAGGAAAAGCGCCGGGUCCAUCUCUCUCCUCUUCAUGACGUAGCUCGGUGUGGUCCCGGGGGUCCGCCGCUCUCUGGUCCCGUCUCCACAGUCCGAGCAGCCUGCGGUGCGACGCGCGCGGUGCCGAGCGGCGAGGUGCGUUGCGGUUAUCCGCUGUCCUUCUACUUCCACGCUCCCCCGGCUUGUCCCACAUAUCAGUGAACUGUUUCCACACUGCCUCAACAGAGAGAGAGGAGAGACCCCGCGGAGAGAGAGAGGGCGGAAAGGAGAGAGAGAGAGAGAGAGAGAGAGAGAGAGAGAGAGAGAGAGAGAGAGAGAGAGAGGAGGAAAAUAAAAAAGGCAGAAAGAGGAGAGAAGAGGAGGAAGGAGGUCGCCUUAGUCCCUCUCCUGAAUCUCCAACGAGAAGAUGCUGAGAAUAGCCGGCGUGCUGGCUGCUCUGGUUUUGGGGUUGAGCGCCGCUCACACCAAAGUGAAUAAACACAAGCCGUGGAUUGAGACAUCAUACCAUGGGGUGAUCACUGAAAACACUGACAUCGUUCUGCUGGAUCCUCCCCUGGUGGCCCUGGAUAAAGAUGCCCCAGUUCCUUAUGCAGGAGAGAUCUGUGCAUUCAACAUACACGGGCUGGACGCACCGUUCGAGGCAGUGGUGCUGAACGGUACGUCCGGUGAGGGCCAGCUGAGGGCACGGGGCCUGGUGGACUGCGAGUUACAGAAGGAAUACACCUUCAUCAUUCAAGCUCAUGACUGCGGGUCGGGCCCUGGGGGCAUCGAGGGCAAGAAGUCCCACAAGGCAGUGGUGCACAUUCAGGUCAACGAUGUCAAUGAGUUUGCCCCAGUGUUUCGGGAGCCCCAGUAUCAAGCAGCAGUGACAGAGGGCAAGAUUUAUGACAAUAUCCUGCAAGUGGAGGCUACUGAUCAGGACUGCUCCCCUCAAUACAGCCAGAUCUGCAACUACCAGAUCACCACUACUAACACACCCUUCGCCAUCGAUCGUAACGGCUGGAAUAAGCGAGUGGACUAUGAGCCAGGAACAGGCAGUAAGCAGCUGUUUCCCAGGAUGCACCUCGAGACCUGUGGCGGACCUCUGUCCUCGGUGAGGACCACGGUGGAGCUGCAGACCAGCCACAUUGGAAAGGGCUGCGACCGGGAGACCUAUUCUGAGAAAUCUCUACAAAAACUCUGUGGCGCUUCGUCGGGUAGCACUGACCUCCUCCCUGCUCCCGGCACGGCCACCAAUUGGACAGCGUCCCUAGUGUCUGACAGCGGGAGGGACAGCGACUUGAUCUUCAGGUUUGACGGUCGUCAGGCAGCCAAAAUCCCAGACUGGGUGGUACCACAGAAUUUGACAGACCAGUUUACCAUUGCAACAUGGAUGAAGCAUGGGCCUAGUCCAGGGCUCAGAGCUGAAAAGGAGACCCUACUUUGUAACUCUGACAAGACUGAGAUGAACCGUCAUCACUACUCGCUGUAUGUCCAUAAUUGCCGCCUGGUGUUUCUGCUGAGGAGAGACUUCACCCAGGUAGACACCUUCCGGCCGGCCGAGUUCCACUGGAAACUUGAGCAGAUAUGCGAUAAGGAGUGGCAUUACUAUGUCAUCAAUGUGGAGUUCCCAGUGGUGACGCUCUAUGUGGACGGAGUGACCUAUGACCCCUACCUGGUGACGGACGACUGGCCCAUCCACCCCUCACAGAUUGAUGUUCAGCUCACAGUGGGUGCCUGCUGGCAAGGUGGGGAGGUGACCAAGCCGCGGUUCACUCAAUAUUUCCGGGGAAGCCUCUCUGGAUUGACCAUCCGACCGGGAAAGAUUGAGAGUCAGAAAGUCAUAUCCUGUCUGCAGGCCUGCAAAGAGGGACUGGACAUAAACUCCCUCGAGAGUCUGGAUAAGAGUAUAAAGUUUCACUUUAACCCAGCUCAAUCCAUCCUGGUAAUGGAGGGCGAGGACUUGGAGAACAUGAACGCCGCUGUGAGGAAAGUUUCCUACAUAAACUCCCGUCAGUUUCCCACACCAGGCAUCCGACGCCUGCACAUCUCCACUACCGUCCAGUGUUUUGGUGAGGACACAUGUAUUACCAUCCCAGAUAUUGAUGCAGUGGUGAUGGUGCUUCAGCCCAGUGAACCCAGGAUCACAAUCAGCGGAGUGGAGAGACUGAGCCAUCCAGCCUCCAACUUCAGAGCAUCAGGAGGGAUUGUUCUGUUCCAGGACCUCCACAUCAUCAGCACAGUCACCCGGGCAGACACCGCUGCACAUCACACAGCACAUCGACCUGGAGUGAUGGAGGAGAUCAUUCAUAACUUAGACUACUGUGAUGUCCUGGUGCUGGGGGAGGAGCUGAGCCCAGAGCACGAAUCUCUCCAACUGCAACGAAGCGCUCUGCUUGGAAAACACCUUGAUGCAACCAACUCCACCUCUGGCAUGUCCAUAUACGGCGUGGACUCCAUGUCCAACUAUGAGCAGGUGAUCCGAGAGGUGCGCUACUACAACUGGCGUCCCGGGCAGCUAACAGAGAGGCGUUUUCGCCUCACCUGUUCAGAGCUCAACGGACGCUACACCAGCAAUGAGUUCAGCCUUGAGGUGAGCAUCCUGCACAGUGGAGAAGCACGGGAACACGUCAAUCACGUGGUAGCUCCACCUCCGUACGUGCAGGUGGUCCACCAUCCGUCCAUGAUCCAGGAUCUGUACCCCAUCCACAGCUCGGGUGUACCGAGUGCUGCCACCGUGGUAAUAGUAAUGUGUAUCGCUGCCCUGGUGGUGGUUGUAGUGUUGGGCAUUUACCGCAUCCACCUGACCCACCAGCAGGAGGUGAAGUUGGCAGAUGCGGCUAAAGAGGCAGACGUGACCUGGGACGAGUCUGCUCUGACAAUCACAGUGAACCCAAUGGAGAACUUGGAGGAGCCUCAGGCUGCAGAGGAGGAAGCCAGCGAGGAGGAGGAGGAAGACGAAGAGGAGGAGGGGGAGGAGGAAGACGACGACGAGGACGACAUCACCAGCGCUGAGUCAGAUGACAGCGAGGAGGAAAUAGACGUCCAGCUACCCAGGAUGCAACGCUCAACCAAGAAAGGCCAAAAUUGGGACAAAACAACAAUAUCCUAUUGAAACAUACACACGUACAUACACCCUCACACACACACACACACACACACACACACACACACACACACACACACACACACA